UUGAGCAAGCAGGGAAGAAAGAUCGAAUCAAAUUGGAACACAGCCAUGUCCAAUCGUCUUAUAGACGGUGAAACCUAUUUAGAAGGUUUGAUCGAAAGUUUGUCGACUCUUCCAGCAGAAAUGCGACGAAAUCUCGAACUGAUGAAGGACAUGGAUGCAUCUUGCUCCUCCCUGGUGGAGGAAACGAUGAAAUUGCAGCAAAAUUACCUGCUGCGAGUCGAGGGGAAAAUGGGGCGCCUUGAAGUAGUCGACGGGAAAGGUGUACGGGUUUUGACCGCAAGCCGAGACGAGACCGAUAGUAAAACAAAGGAUGACGACGGCGACGAAAAAAUGGCGGGACCAGACGACGAACGCCCCGUUGUCAUUCCGACGACAGAAGAACUGAUGGCCUACAUUCAUGAGCCGGAAACUAGAUCAAAAAUCGAGAACUUACAAUCUGAUGCUUUGCAACAAGCGGAAGAAAAAGUUGCAAUUGCCAACCAGACCUUUGAGCUUAUCGACAACCUUUGUCGGAAACUGGAUACCGAUCUAGAAGAGAUGGAACGAUCCUUACUGGCAAGGAAUGGUGCCGACUUCCACAAUCAUUCAUCCGGUGGUGUAAAUGGAGCAGUGUCUGGCACUUCAUCCUCGGGAACAUCGGGGGGUUUGUCAUCAACAACGACCGGUGGUAGGGGUCGGGGGGCUCCGAAAAAGGACGAUCUCGCGGCUGUUCAGGAAGUUCCUGGCUCUCCGGAUUGGAUUUUAGCCAAGGUGAUCACACUAGAUCCACAAACAGGAAUGUACAAGCUUUCCGACGAAGAUAUGGAAAGUAACAAGGUGUUCAACCUUCCCGAAUCUCAGGUCAUUAUUUUAGAGCGAAUGAAAAACCUUCGAAUUGGAGAUGUAGUUUUCGCCGUGUAUCCUGAUACUACAAGUUUCUACCAGGGCACAAUUGCUCAACCACCACGCAAGGCCGCUGGGGGAGGAAUGUUCGUCAUGGUUACUUUUGUCGACGAUGAAGAUGCGGCCACCGGGAAAACUUUGGACAAGGCUGUCUUGCUGAAACACGUCAUGCCACCUCCCUUCUGAUUAUGUCGUUUAGAAUUUCUAACCUUUCCUCAAACACACAGGGUUGUUCUCUGAUUUGCAUGCAGAAGAAGGGUAGAUUUGAAAGAGAAUGCCAAUUUUUUGUGACCUCCUCUAAUCCAGCAGCGUAUAUUGAACGAAGACCAGAGGUCGCUAGAUUCGGCAACAAUAUCCGUAAAAUUCAACAAAAUGCCAUGUACAGUUUUGGGAUGACAUAGCACUCCUUAAUCAUACGUGGGUUGACCUAUUCAUAGAACGGAUGGCUUGAUGGCUAUUCACAGGAACUUCACACAAGUCGACUAUGGGAUUGCAACAAAGCAAAAUUGAAUCGUGUACCAUGUAAAUGCAGAACCAACUUGCCACCCGGCGUGUCAGUUUCCGUGGAUAGAACACACCUAGUGGCUCUCAUACGUACAGAACCGAAAAGUAAUGAUAAAAUUGAACAAUUCUU